UGACAACGCAUGAAAUUAUCAAAAAUAUUCCUUUUGAUUCUUAACUAAAGAUGUGGUAAUUCUCUGUAGUUGUUUCAUAAAAUAUAAGAAAACAAGAAUAUAUUACUGGUAUAUAAAUCAAUGAGGAAUAAUAUAUUAAAAAAUAGUGUAAAAUUUGAAAUGAGAUAGAGCUUUCCUUAUCUUCUGUUAUCAAAUUCCAUACAAAAAGUAAAGUAAAAGCAAUAUGUCCAAAAAAAAUUAAAUAAGAAAUCAAUUCAAAGCAAAUAAGAGAGUUUUCAUCAAAAGCCAAACAAAAUCUAGCAAAUUUAAAAACGACACUAAAUUUUAUAAAUUUCUUUCAAUACUUUAAUUCUUUAUUUUAACUCAAGCUUGAAUCAAGUGUAAUACUUAUCUCUUAAGAUUUAAAAAUAAUCGAUAAAAUAAUUUCAAUGCUUAGCAUAGUAUUGUGAAUUGAAGAUGCAUGAAUACAUUUACACACUAAUUGUGAAGCCUUUAUGA